AUGUUACAGAUCCUUACUACUACGACAAACGUGAUGCCGAUGCUUAUUACGGCUACUACAAACGUGAUGCCGAUGCCUAUUACUACGACAAACGUGAUGCCGAUGCUUAUUACUACGACAAACGUGAUGCCGAUGCUUAUUACGGCUACUACAAACGUGAUGCCUAUUACUACGACAAACGUGAUGCCGAUGCCUAUUACUACGACAAACGUGAUGCCGAUGCUUAUUACGGCUACUACAAACGUGAUGCCGAUGCCUAUUACGGCUACUACAAACCCAAAUGUUACCGCUGUGUUGCGGAGAUCUUCGGGAACAUUCUUAUGA